UGUUCCUCUGAAGGUUCCUACUUGAGUUGUCUCUGUUGUAAGUCUCUGUAGCACUGACCAAUGUCUGUAUCGUCCGGAACCAGCUCUCCAGCACCUACGACUCCAGUGUCCUCCCUCAUAUCUCUGGCUUCAACAGCGACGAAGGCGCUAGUGCCACCAAAGCAGAAGCCAGUCAACAUCUUUUCAAACGACGGGUCGUUCUUGGAGCGGUUCCAGCGCAGUAAGAGGGUAGUAAGGAUCAUCCGAAGAGGAGAAACGGAAAGCAGAACUGGCACUCGCAAGGAAAAAGGGAAUUUGCCCAUAGAUUUAAAAACAGGGGCAAGCGUCAUUUCCCUCCCCCUGAUGCUUCUGACGCUAGUAACGACCACUGAUGAACAAGAGAACCCAGCAAAGAAGCCCAAACGUGGUGGUACUCCUCCACUCACAAACUACCAGAAGGAAGUCCACUAGCCUGGAUAGCAGGAUCCUCAAGGAUACCGGAACUGGCGUCCGCCCAUUU